AUUCACCCACAUCGACCUAGGAUUCUCAAAAAAAAAAAAAAACCCACAUCGAACUAGGGUUUCCUUGCGAGAGCACGCGGCGGCAAUGGCGGACCUCGCGCAUGAGGCGGAAUGCGAUUUGCUUAUGGAAUUGCUAUUGGAGGAUACGGAUGAAGAGGCGGAGAAGAAGAGGAGGAGGGUGAGAGGCGGCAAAGGGGGAAAGAAGAAGAAGAAGGCGGCGAGCAAGGUGGGGAAAGCGGAGGGGAGUAGUUCUGCAACAGCAGCGGAUGCGGCGAGGAAGACCGAGCUGGCGAGGGUGCGGAAGCUUGUGGAAGCGCAGAAGGACAAGGUCGUGAACCGGCCGGAACCCAAGCCGAGGGUUCUGCCGGAGGUGGUGGACCUGGCCGCGGCGGCCGCGUGCAGAGCCGAGGCGGAGGAAGCGCGCAGGAAGAACCAGUGGGCGGAGCAGGUGGCCGCCAUGGACAAGUGGCUCAACACGGGUGACCCCGACGCCGCAGAGUGCUGGAAUCGGUGGGUCAAAGAGGACAUGGAGGCCAUGAAACCGCGCGAGCAGGAAAUAGAUCGUAGGGAGUACAUGUCGGAUCCUCUGGCCGUCGAAGCCAAGAAUUACCGCGAGUUCUGGAACACGCUCUGGACCGACUGCUGCGGUUCCUACGAGGACACCACGCUUAUCCCACCGAUGUUAUACACGGACAUCAAGCCUACUACACAUUCGUCCUACACGAUGCGAACACUACAGGUCUUCAAAGUGAAGAUUGUCGAGAUACAAGAGGAACUACAUUGGCCACUUCAAGUAUUUGGGAUAGUUGCGGCGCGUGACUCCAUAGAUCGCAACCGCAAUGUCAUCUUCCACCGCAAAAGAGAUAAUUGCCAAAUCAUCCAUGAGGAGAGUCCAUAUCUAACAUUGACAGGUCCUACUCGUGCAAUUGUGGUAGUAGAUCCUGUAUGCUUUGAAGUUGAUUUAAAGGUGAAGGUUUGUACCGAAGGUGAUGAUAGAGACUUAAGCUAUCUAGUUGUGCAUUAUCAUGACUCUGGCUCAAUGAAUUCGUAUGUAUUUAAUCAAGUCAGCACUAGCAAGCUUAGCACCAUUGAUUUGUCGUUUGGAGAUAUCGUGAAUUCUGUCGAGGCUACAAUCAGUGUGAAGAUCAUUUCUUCGCAAUGGCCUAAGGGUUUUAGAGGCUUAUUUUAUGCCAAUACCACCAGUCUAGAUAGUGUGAAGAUUGAUCUGCUUACUUUUGAAGGCGGUGAAUUGGUUGUUGGAGAUGAUGGAACAAUAGAGCUUUCGCGACGUGUUGUUUCUGUUGAGCUUGAUGGAGAGUUGAGAGUUUCAGUUAUGGCAACUUCUUUGAAGGAUGGAUCUGUGGAGAGAGAUUCAAAUACUUUGAAAGCUAAGAAAGCUACUAGACGCGAAAUGGAGAUUAAAGUUCUCGGUUGCAAGAUGAAGGUGAUAGUGGCUUGGUCUGUUGUCCCAAGUGUUCAACAGUAUCGUAGUUAGAUUUGUAUCUUGUUGGUGGUUAUGUGAUGUUAUGUCAUAUUACUAUGCUACUUAUUCGGUGUUUAUUACCUAAUCUUAGUUGUAAUAUGGAUAAAUUAUUUGAAUGAACAAAGUUUAGUUAGUUUAGUUUGAUUCUAUUUGUGGUCAUGAUCUAUUGUGGCAUGUUUGCAAUUAUUAUGUCGGAUGUUGCUACGGACGGCAAAGUGGGCAAGCAUUUCCUUUUCUUAUGCUUCCAAAUUAGAACCUAUCUAUUUGAGGUAGUUUAAAUGUGGCAAGUAUAAACUAAACAAACUUGAGAAGAUGUCCAAGAAAAAGAAGGGUGUAUAUAUGUUCUGAAGCUUAAGAAUUGUUCCUUAUGUUUUGAAACUUGAUUCUGGUCUAAGAACCUUGAUUCUUGCAUUUUGUGUCUUGGAUGAGAAAGAAUAUCAGAAAUUUGCUGAAAAUUUCCACACUGCCAAAAUAUCUGGAAGUGCUGAUUGAGAUGAAAAUUGAGGAGGCUGCUGACAGCAUCGAGCGGGAUUUGCUUCUUCUUGGUGCUACUGCUGUUGAAGACAAGCUCUAGAGAAAGGGGUAUGCUAUUUUGAAUAGGUGCCAGAAUGCAUUGACAAGCUUGCACAAGCAGGAAUUAAGACAUGGGUGCUGACGGGUGACAAAAUGGAGACAGCUAUCAAUAUUGGCUUUGCAUGUAGCCUACUCAGACAAGGGAUGACACAGAUAAUCAUCACCCUGGAACUGGAAGCACCUGACGUCCUUGCAUUGGAGAAAAGUGGAGACAAACAUUCCAUUGCAAAGUUCAUUGUGCUUGCAAGGAACCAUUGAUGGUGAUUGUAAGUGAGCUACUACCAGGGAUGUCAUUGAAAAAUUACCUGAACAGGGCCCAGCCAACUAGAUAUCCAUACUGCAAUAGGCUAUGCACUCAAUAUAGCUCAUGCAAUGGAAUGUCUACAUGCUAUACAGAGACCUGAAACCUGGUACAUAAUGCAUUUAAAAAAAUUAAAGCUAAACAUGUCUUUUGAUUUUCAAAAGAGAAAUAUGUUGGCUGGUUAAUCAUUAAAAAUUUCAGUAAGGUGUUUUAGCAUCUGAUACUUGAAUGUCCCUGGCUCAGUAUCCAUGAUAAUUUGCUGCUUACUGCAAACGGUAGGAAGCUGAAGCUUACUGAUUUUGGACUUGCACAAGAUCGGAAACUGUGACUGAAAUGAUGACAGCUGAAACUGGGACAUACAGAUGAAUGGCCCUAGAGUUGUACAGCACUGUCACGCUUCGACGUGGUGAGAAAAAACACCACACAAAUAAAGUGGAUGUGUACAGCUUCGGCAUCGUCUUGUGGGAGUUAUUGACCAAUAAAAUGCCAUUUGAAGGCAUGUCGAAUCUACAAGCUGCAUAUGCUGCUGCUUUUAAAGUAUCAUUGUCAGCUAGGAACACACUCCCUUAUUUAACUUUCCAAGGGAUGACGCUGGUAAAACCUCAGCCUGACCGCCGUCAGCUCUCCGCCGUGUCGCACGGCUCUCUGUCCGUUCCGCCAUCGCGCCUCGCCCGUACGAUUGACUCCUCUCGUGUCACCUGGUAAGCGACUAAACAGUGUACUAUGUUUGAUUGAUCGAUUCGGAGAUGUGGAGUCAUUCUUCUGCCAUUUGAUUGGUCGUCUCAUUGAUCCAUCGGAAUUGGUUCAUGUAAUGAUCGACCGAGACCCACAAUUUACCAAACUGUAGUUCCUGUUAUUCCCCUUUGCACCUCCAGUACAUUAAUUUGUUUGUUAAA